AUGGCCACUGCAGCGUCGCUGCCCCGCCAGCGAUAUCUCACGUAUCCUCUCUGCACGCCCAGGCCCCGCACCCACCGCUUCUCGGACCCCAAGAACUACUUCGGCUAUAUAGACAUGCCCAACGCAAGCACCUUGGACAUGCCCCGUCUCUACCACGCCAGGACUGUAGGACUAAUUGCGGCAGAGCAGUUUCGCGUUCGCCUCGAUCGGCCGCCCAAAAUCCCAAAAAUCGCCACGCUCCUCUCCAUGGCGCAGCAGAGCGGCGCCGCCGUUGCAAAGAAGCUAUGCUCCUCCGCCGCCGCCGCCGAUGCCUACACCGGUGAGGACUGGAUCAGCGCGCUCCCCGACGAUCUGCUGGUGCUCAUCCUCCUCCGCCUAGACACCACCGCCGAGGCCGUGCGGACCAGCGUCCUCUCGCACCGCUGGCGGCCCGUGUGGAAGCUCCUCCCGGAGCUCCGCUUCGACAACGCCCCCGACUUGGUCCGGAUCCGCGAGCUGAUCGACGUCCCCGUCCCCGGUCCAGAGGCUCCGGAGCUGCGCUUCAUGUCCGUCACGACUGAAGGCGCCGACCCCGAAUCCGCGGCGGCCUGGCUGCCCGCCGCCGCACGCCGCGUGACCGGGGACCUCGUCUUCGUCAACUAUGACGUCGAGGGCGAGGCGGAGGAGCAGGAGCAGGAGAGGGGCGUCGUCCAGCUGCCCUGCUUCACCAAGGCCAGAGGGAUUGAGCUCGACCUAGGGUUCCUGGAGCUCGCGCUGCCAUCCGAUGGCACCUUCACCCGGCUCACCGAGCUCUUCUUCUUUCGAGUCUUAUUCCAAGGCCCCUGUCAGGUCGGCGAUGUGGUCUCCUCACCUCGCUGCCCUAGCUUACGAAGGCUUGGUGUCCAGGUGUGCCGCGGCACAGGUGAUGGGCUCAUCAUCCGCUCCGAGUCUCUCCAUCGGAUCCAUCUGGCUCACCUUAUUGGCUUCCGGCGGCUCACAGUAGAGACCCCUGCUCUAAAGAGGUUAGCCAUGGGUUUUUGCCUUGAAAGCUAUUAUUCUCAGGAAGAUUAUGAGAAUGACGGUGGCGGUGGUGGUGACGCUGAUGCGGAUGUUGCUGCGGUUGGCGACGGUGGUGCUGACGAUGCUGCCCAGGGUAAUGAUAAUGAUCCAAUUGUUCACAUCACAGCGCCACAGCUUGUGUCCCUAGGUUGGGAUGAUAGGUAUGAUCCACAAUAUGUGCAUUUUGGCAAUGUGGAACAACUACAACAGCUGAGCAGCUAUCUAUAUGUAUACUUGCAACAAAACAAUCAACUGAAUCACAACUGCCUAAGGCUGCUACAACGAUUUCAGGUCAUCAAAAAACUUACUCUCAAGCUUGUUUUUCAAAAGGACUUGGCACAUGACUUACAAUAUGUGAUGGAAGACAUAACAAUGCUCCCUAAAAUUAUGUCAUUGAAACUACGAGUAUUCAACCGAAGACAUGCUUUCGGAGCUUCUUGUUUCCAUCUGCUCAGGAUGUGUACCAGUAUACAAAGUUUGACAUUUCAGUUUCAUGAGACACCAAGCUUGGAGGUACAACAUUUUUGUCCCUCAGGUUGUCUUUGUGAGCAACCAACCGAGUGGAAGACCGAGAAGCUCACUCUUAUGGACCUUGAAGAAGUAGUAAUCAUUAACACCAAUGGAACUGACCAUGAAAUUGCUAUUUUUGAACGACUAUUUGAUUGGGCGGUCAAGCUUAAAAUGCUAAGAUUCAAGUAUCAUUCAAACACUGAAAGCAAAGUUAAUGAAGUGCAUCAAAGGUUGCAAAGACUUGCUAGGCUAGAAACAUGCAUAAUUUUCGAAGAAUUGGCCGAGCAAUAGGUUGUCUGCUCGAACCAAAUGUCCUAGACACCGGAUUGUUAUUCGAACCUUUUGUUUGUCAGAUCCUGGAAUUAACUACUAUUGAAUAAUUUUUGUGGUUAUCAACAGUUAGUUGCUAGUUGGUUAGGUGCUUGGUUGUCUAAACAAGCAGUGUGCAACUCUAACAUGUGUUUAAUCGCUUGAGAGUCAUCCAGUGCACUGUGAUUCUGAUGCUUGGGAUGGCAAGUGUCGAGGACUUGUGGUGCAUGUAACUCAGCUCAUCGAGAUUGAGUCUUUUGGUUGUAAU